AUGUUGGUGAUGUUAUCAAUAGUUUAUGGUCAACCAUGUCCAGUUGAACAAGAUCCUGUACAGUUAGCUGAAUGUGCUCAACUUGAUGUACAAGCGAUUAUUCAAGCAGCGAAAGGAAAUUUAAAACUAUUCUGUGGUCUUGCUGAAAGAUACAUGGAAUGCUUUAAAACAAAAACAAGAAAUUGUAUCGGUGGUUGGGCGGCUGAAGGUGGUUUUACAGAAUUGCAAAAUUUGGCUCAAUGGUGUUGUGUUAAUCCAGGUGUUGCUGAACCUGAUGAAUGUCCAUUACAUCGUAAUCCAAAAUGUUUUGCUGGUGAUGGUCUAGUUUCAAUGGUGAAUGGUGACUAUAAACCAAUAAAUGAACUUCGUAUCGGUGAUCGUGUUCAUGUAAUGGACUCUGAGAACAGAAUUAUUGAAGAUGAAGUUGUCAUGAUACUUGAUAGUCAACCUAGAAAACCUGUCAAAAAUCAAAAUGAAGAAUUUAUACCAGCUAAUCGCAUAAAAUCUUUUGAUAUUGUUUAUAUCAAUUCAAAUGGUCAACUUGAACCAGUACGUGUUAAAAAUGUGACAGAAGAAUAUAAAACGGGAUAUUAUACGCCCCUGACAAGUAAAGGCACAUUAAUUGUCAAUGAUAUAGUUGCAUCAUGUUAUUCAAAUGUUGUUAGUCACAAUUUAGCGCAUAAUAUUUUGGCUCCACUGAGAUGGUGGUAUUCAGUUGCAAAAGUUCUUACUAUACGUGAACCAUUUCAACAUAUUGAGAAUGGAAUACAUUGGAUCCCCAAAACGAUGUUAGACCUUACACGAGAAUAUUUUCCAAAUGUUUUAACCAACAGUAUCUAA